CAAAAUUAUGAGCAUCUUAGGUAUAUAAGUUUUUGAUGAACUGGCAAUUUGGAAACACUCUUUUCUCUUUCUAACAAGCUUUUUUCAACAAGUCUGUCACAAGCUAUCAAUGCGUAUUGUACUAACUUUCACCUUAUUUGCUAUCCUUACUAUGAUCCUUUUAGAGGACAUUUCUGCUAGUCAUAUCGAUAUCCAUAGCACCAAUCAACUCAAUAUCAAACAAAGAAAACUUCUUAAUAAACGCAGAUUGAAUAGACCCACACUUUUCAAACGACAGAAUCCUGCUUAUAACACAUUUCCUUCUUCAACAGGUCAACCAGGUCAAUCAGGUCAGCAACAACCAGGUCAGCCAGGCCAGCAGUCAGCAGCUCCACCAUGUCCUGAUCCCCAAAACCCUAAUUGUCCACAACCAGCUCAAUCGCUUUCUUUACCAGUAUUAGUCCCCAAUUUGGUUGUUCCACCUGCUACUACUCUACCGGGCCUGAGUUUACCUGCUACACCCAAACAAUUAGUGGGCCUUCCAGCUGUCCCGGGUUUGCCUGGUGUUCCGGCCGUGCCUAGUCUUCCUACUUUACCAGGCCUACCUCCUCCAGCAAUCUUACCUCCAAUGCCUGAUCUUAGUACUGUAGCUCCACCCGCUGGCGAUGAAGAUGCAGAUUAAGCUUCCCAUUGCUCGUAAUAUAGUACUGCAAUAUAUGACAUCUUUUUCAUUGUAAUUUCUAUCCUAAUCUCACAGGUUUCUUUCUGUGAUCUCUAUCUCGUGUAUUUCAUCGAAACAACGACUUACAUACUAGGUUAAAACAAUAUAAUAUAGCCUAAUUGAAUAGAAUAAAAAGCUCUUUAUUUCAACUUAAA